GAGAACGUGUACAACAUGGACGAGACAGGUGUGAUGUUAAGCAUGCUUGGCUCCCUUAAGGUUCUCGUAGGUAGAGACGACCUGCGCACCUACCGAGGCGCGGGCGUCAAGCGGACGAUGGUCACCGCGAUCGAGUGCAUCUCCGCGGACGGUAGGUACUGCGUGUAG